AUGGGCUCCCUGGGUGGGCUGGACUUUGCCCAGAAGCUGGGCAUCCCGUACAUGUUCAACUCGCCGAGCCUGCUCUUCGACCUCUCCGGUAGACACGUGACAGCGACGCUUCCCGCGUGGGGCACGGGCAUGGCGAGACGCAUGAGCCUCGGGGAUCGGCUGCAGAACGCCAUCUCGCCCAGGGCGCUCUCGGUGUUCCUCACGCCGGCGUUCAUCGCCAUGAACAAGGCAAGGAGGGAGCAGGGGCUGGAGCCCUUCCUCGCGCAGGACGACGUCUUUCACGGCGCGCGCGUCCUGGUCAACACGGCCUUCGGCUUCGAGUACCCGUACGGCGUCAACCCCCUCGUGGAGAUGACGGGGCCCCUCCUCCCGCCCAGGGUCGCCCGCGCCCUGUCGGCGAAGCGAGAGCUCGUCGCUGCCGUCGGUUCCGGGAACGCGACGGCUGCAGCUACGGCGGCGGCGGCGGCGGCGGGCGACGGCGACUACUCGCCGCCGUCGGGGGGGGGGAGCGGCGCGGCCGGCGAGGGCCCGAUGCUUCCCGACGACAACGGGGUGAUCUACGUGAACCUCGGGCGCAUGCCGCAGCUGGACAAGUGGCAGCUGGUGACCAUCCUGCAGGCGCUGUCGUCCCCGUCGGAGGCGAUGUGCUGGGGCGGCGGCGGGGCGGAGGACAGGCUCGGGCGCUACCGCAUCCUUUGGGUCUUGCCGAAGGACCAGCGGGAGCAGCUGCUGUCGGCGCUGCUGCCGAUGCCGCCGCCGCCUUCCUUCCGCCUUAAGGUCUUGGGGGGGCUGCCGCACCUCGGGAGCCUGGUCCGGUGAGAACCCGGCGUGCUCCGUCCCGGCUUUGUAGGGAUGCGAGGUCAAUGGU